AUGCUCCUGCGUCUCUCAGUUCUUGUAGUCUGUCUCUUCGCGGUCAGCGUUUCCUCGAAACACAAGAGGGGAAAUGAUCCGGAGUUCCUCAAGAACGUGACGAACGACCAACGCAGCACAUUCUUCCAAAUCGCCAAUAACCCAGGAAUUUCCAUCCAGCAGAAGGAAGACAAACUCACGCAGUGGGCAAAGGUGAACAACUUCUCGGUGAGCACACUUUCUUUUCAGUUUUGACAGUGCAUAUUUAAUUUCCAGGAGCAAUACGCCGAGUUCGAAAAGAACGUCACCGUACACAAGGCGGAACUGAGCAAGAAUGUGACCGCAGUCAUCGAGCGUCUCGCCGCCGCUAAAGUCGAAGUCGAUAAAAUCUUUGCGGACAAGACUAUGACCAGGACUCAGCAGAAAGAUAAAGUGGAGGAGCUGAAGAAGACGUACCCGCAGGAAGUGGAGACUCUCUUCUACAUCGGAGGCCUUUUCGAGCAUCACAAAGGAAGAAAGCACGAGAAGCCAAAGAAUGGAUCGGAAGAAGGAAAGGGAGGAAAAAGAAACAAGCAUCAUUAG